UGUCUUAGAAUGGAGACAUCCGGUAACUCGAGUAAGAAGCAGAAACUGAGUAACGCGCCUGAGAGCUGGGGGAUGCAAAGAGCCACCAAUGUGACGUAUCAAGCCCAUCAUGUGAGCAGAAACAAGCGUGGCCAGGUAGUCGGCACUAGAGGAGGAUUUCGAGGAUGCACGGUGUGGCUUACAGUUUUGUGUUUUGUGUGUAAGACGACGGUCAGCAUGGCUCUGGAGGAGUAUCUUGUGUGUCAUGGCAUCCCCUGCUACACUCUGGAUGGAGAUAACAUCAGACAGGGCCUCAAUAAGAACCUGGGCUUCAGUCCUGAAGACCGCGAGGAGAACAUUCGUCGUAUCGCGGAAGUGGCAAAACUUUUUGCUGAUGCUGGUCUUGUGUGCAUUGCCAGCUUCAUUUCCCCAUACAGCAGGGAUCGUCUGAAUGCAAGGAACAUCCAUGAAGCUGCUGGCCUUCCGUUCUUUGAGGUGUUUGUAGAUGCCCCUCUGGAUGUGUGUGAGCAGAGAGAUGUGAAGGGGCUCUAUAAGAGAGCUAGGGCUGGAGAAAUCAGAGGGUUCACUGGAAUAGACUCUGAGUAUGAGAAGCCAGAGGCCCCUGAACUGGUUCUGAAGACGGAUUCCUGCAGUGUGAACGAGUGCAUCCAGCAGCUUCUGGACCUCCUGCAGGAGAGAGUAAUUCCUGUGGACGCAUCCUAUGAGGUCAAGGAGCUCUACGUGCAUGAGAACAAGCUGGACUUGGCAAAGGCUGAUGCAGAGACUCUUCCAGCAGUGGAGAUCACUAAGGUGGACAUGCAGUGGGUUCAGGUGCUCGCUGAGGGCUGGGCCACUCCUCUGAACGGCUUCAUGAGGGAGAGAGAGUACCUGCAGUGUCUGCACUUCAACUGUCUGCUUGAUGGUGGGGUUAUUAACCUGUCGGUGCCGGUGGUCCUCCCCAUCUCAAGUGCUGAUAAGGAGCGUCUGGAUGGCAGCACUGCUUUUGCGCUGGCCUACGGUGGUCGGAGGGUCGCAAUACUCCGAAACCCGGAGUUCUACGAGCAUCGCAAGGAAGAGCGUUGUGCUCGGCAGUGGGGCACCACAUGCAAGGAUCAUCCAUACAUCAAGAUGGUGAUGGAGAGCGGAGACUGGCUGGUCGGAUCGAUCUACUGGAACGACGGGCUGGAUAGUUACAGGCUUACACCAGCCGAACUCAAGCAGAAGUUUAAAGAAAUGAAUGCAGAUGCUGUCUUUGCAUUUCAGCUGCGGAACCCAGUGCAUAAUGGUCAUGCGCUGCUCAUGCAGGACACGCAGCGGCGUCUAAUUGAACGUGGCUACCGCCGACCCGUGCUUCUGCUUCACCCGCUUGGUGGCUGGACCAAAGAUGAUGAUGUGCCACUGGCCUGGCGCAUGAAACAGCAUGCAGCCGUGCUGGAGGAGGGACUGCUUGACCCCAACUCCACCAUAGUGGCUAUUUUCCCUUCACCGAUGAUGUAUGCUGGCCCAACAGAGGUGCAGUGGCACUGUAGGGCCCGGAUGGUGGCUGGAGCCAACUUUUACAUAGUGGGCCGUGACCCUGCAGGAAUGCCUCACCCGGACACAGGUAAAGACCUCUACGAGCCCUCCCACGGAUCUAAAGUUCUCACCAUGGCCCCUGGACUCAUAUCACUGGAAAUCGUGCCUUUCAAAGUGGCAGCCUACAAUAAAGCCAAGAAGGCCAUGGAUUUUUAUGACCCCAAAAAACACCAGGACUAUGACUUCAUCUCAGGAACCCGCAUGCGUAGGAUGGCUCGCGAGGGCCUGAACCCUCCGGAAGGCUUCAUGGCACCCAAAGCCUGGAAUGUUCUCAAGGAAUACUACCAGUCUUUGGAGAAGGCCUAAGCCGGUUUCCAGGUGCGGAGGGAGAGGCGGAAGCAAUUCUGUUACAGGGGAAGAAGGGAAAGGAGGAGGUCUUGGUUUGUAAAAAAAACAAAACACAGACACACAAUGAUUGAACACUGGGACCACCCAAAGGACUUCUUGCACUGUUUUGGAUGUUGUUCCUCAUUAAAUCACUGUCAGUUUCAUAGU